AUGGCGAAACUGAGCUAUCUUUUUGCAAAGGCGUCUGUUUUAAUUGUGUUCGUUUGUUACACAACUAGAGCAGCGUCUAGAGAAGGAUCUGGGCCAUGCAUUGUUAGGAGAACAAAAUUGCCGCGUUUAGAUCCCGUCAAGGUAAGCCAUACACAUGUCCUGUUAAAAAACCAACGUUUUUAUCUCUUGGUCAGAGAUUGUCAUCUUUUAUUAGAGUUAACGAUUAAAUCACAUUAUAGGUUGGUUAUCUUCGGGAAAUCGAGCUCUUGAGAGAGGAGAAACCUUUCACCGUGAAAACAUUAAGUGUGAGACCUCCUAUAUUUGGUAAGUUUGCUAUCGAGUAGUCUUUUCUAUCGUGAUCAUUCCGUUAAAUUCUAAUUGAAAUAAAUGGUUCAAGGAUAAAUAAUAAGAUCCCCUCAAAGUACCUUGUAGUCGACGUAAAACCUAGUCUUGCAGGGAUACACGAAUUGCCAUAGACCUUAAAAAUUGACUAGUCAGGAAUUGUCAGUAAUUAAAGAUCUUUUAACUGUCUAAUACCUACGACAUUUCCAUAUACUGAUAAUAGACGGUGAAAUAACAAUAUAGAUCGCCGUCUAGAUCCUACAAGAGACUAUAAAACUUAGGACAAGUUUUAAUCAAUUAGCAAUAAGUUGAAGUAAGAAAAGAAAACUGUAACUAGAAAUCCAGCAAUGACUUUUGGGAUAGAAAUGUAACCUAGCUCUAUAAUUCUUGUCAGUUAAAGGUGGCUCCGUUGUUGAUACAAACGCUUUGAGCUAUGGCGAAAUUUUUGCCAUAACGUUUUCGGUUUUAACGCGGUGGCAACAAAACUUGCGAUGAACUACAGCUAUCACUCAGCAAUAAGGGAAAAUAAUCCGAUUUUACUGCUGCUGAGUAUUUUUUAUGAAAUCAGCCGUUUAUUGGACCCCAUGUUUUGAAGAAAAUUGCAUUUUGUGAAACAUUUUACUGAUAUUUUGGCCUGAAAUUCCUGGUAUCAGUUUUUAUUUAUGUAACAAGUAUGUCAAAGAAAUUAGAGAAGUCCAUAACCAAAAAGUCCUUCAAAAUUCAGCUGUGGAACUGUUUUGGAAUUUCGACAACGAAAUGCUUUGAGGUAGAACGAGCCCAAAAUUCGAAUUUUCGAGAUACGUAAUUCCAGUGCCUGCUAAUUCUUAAAACAAAGCCGAUCAACUAUAGUGACACUCAUUAACAAGUGCUCGUCUCUUUUGCAAACACUAUAAAUUCCUCCUGAACAUGAGUGAUUUAUUCUGCGACAUUUUUGAAAUAGUCUUCUGGAUUACUUUUUGUAGUUCAAUCUCCUGCUACAUACAUGUAUUUCAAUAUAUUACAAUGUUAUAAGAGUCAUUCGACCUUAGAGAUAGAUUUGGAGCUAUUCAUAGUGCUUCUAAAACUGAAGAGUACCUAUCAAAAAAUUGCACUAUAGGUAGUCGGCUUUAUUUUAAGAAUUAGCAGGCAUUGGAAUUACUUAUUAUAAUUGCCUCGAAAAUUUUAAUUGACGGCUCGUUCUACCUCAGAGCAAUGCGUUGUCGCAAUUCAAAAACAAUUUCACAUCUAAAUUCUGAAGGACGUUCUAGUUAUGGACUUCUGCUCCAGCGAUUUCUCUGAAACAUCUUUGUCAUGCCUAUUACAUCAAUAAAAGCUGAUACCAGAAAAUUAUCAGCAAAAAAAAUAUCAGCUAUAUUUUUCACCAGAUGCGAUUUUCUUCGAAACGUAGGGUCCAAUUAAAUGCUGAAAUAUUUACCUUUAGUAAAAUCAAAUUAUUUCAGUCCCAAUAGCGAUAGUUCAUUGCAAAGUUUAGUAGCUAUCGCGUUUAAGAUCGAAAAAGUUAUUUCGAAGAGUUUGUUAAUGCACAGAAAAUUAACGUGUUUAGUUUUCCGGAGUGUUAAAGCGAUCUUGGCGCAGGGCAAGUUCGUUAAAAAAAUAAAAAUAAGAUUUUUUUAUCGUUCUUUCUAGUUUGACGUCUAGUUAUACAAAAAAGGCAUAGUUCAAAAUAAAUCAAAGAGCCCUCAUAAAAGGCCUGGAAUAAAGAUUAGAAAGAUGGUUUAAUGUACUUUAUUUUCAGCAGGAUAGUAGGUACACCGUAAUUUUUAGGGAGUUAUUAUAACUCCAAAAAUGGAGUAAAAAUUUUAAGUACAGGAAAACCCCUUUUUGGGGGUUAUUUUAACUCCUUAUUUAACUCCGAAUUUGGGGUCAUUUUUACUCCUGAAAAAGAGUUCUUUCUACUCCCAGUCUGGAGCUAAAAUUACUCCGAAAUGGGGUUACUUGUACUCCUUACAUGGGUUGUUUUUACUCUUUUUGGAGUUAAUUUAACUCUGAAAGUGGAGUAAAAAUUUUAGGUACAGGAUAACUCCUUUUUUGGGGUUAUUUUAACUCCUCAAUACCUGGGGUCACUUUUACUCCUGAAAAAGAGUUUUUGAAACUCCUUUUUGGACUUAAAGUAACUCCACGAAAAAUAACUCCACUGUAUAUAAGGAGUUAAAUUAGCCCCACUAGAGGAGUUAUUAUAACUCCCUGAAAAUUACAGAGUAGUGGUUGAAAAUAGCUGUAUGUUUUAUGUACAGUUCCCUUCCACAUUCAUUCAUUCUACUUUCAUUCUUCCUAUAUUAAUUCUACUUACUUCUUGAAAACUAAAUUUCGUUCGCAGAAAUUCCUAAUUUCUUGAGUGAAGCCGAGUCCAGACGUCUUCUUCACUUUGCGGAACACGGAAACAUCGAAAGCAGUGAAGUUUAUCACCAUUCCAUGGACGAGCUGCUCUCUCAAACCUCCUUUGAACAGUGGGAUCUGAACAGAGACGACGUUAUCGAUUCUGAUGAGGUAUAAGUUCUACCUAGAACAGUAUAACAUUUUUGUAUUACAGUUUCAUUUUUGUUGCUCUUCCUGUUUGAAAAGUUAUUUCCGCCAGACGAUGUCGCGAAGAGAAACUUCUUGAUACUGAGAUUAAAUUUUAUAAAACAACUUACUAUAGAUAGUACGCGCGCUCUAAUUGACCGAGAGGCGUGUUUUCAUGACGGUAUGUAUGGUUGUGACGUCAAGAUGUUUAACUUUUGGCUCGCUAAUCACACAUGAAGCACGAAUUUGAAAAAAGGUUUUGGGGUGGAAACUCGGCACGUUUACUUUAUUUACCCAUUCCCUCGUCGGCUGAAACUUGGUAAGGGCCUGUUUACACGAAGGUGGGGGACCCCAGGUAGGUGAGGUAACUUGCUUAGGUGGGGUAACCCGGUCAAAUUUUGCCAUGUAAACGUUUCAAGGUGGGGUAACCGGCCUGGACGGGUCGGAUUCGUGAUACAUCAAAUUCGCGCAAAAUUCACUUUGGCGGUGGCUUUGCAUCAUUAUUAAAGUUAACAAUAGAAAGCCAUUGCACUGAAGGUUGCAGCAAGAUCAACAAGGGAGUGUAGAAGUGCAUUAAUCGCCAAAACACGUGGUUUGCCAGCAUUUUUCUUGUUUACGUGCUUAGCGACCAUUCAAUAAUCUUGAAAAAGUGCACCCCGGGAUGGCGGGGUUGUAAGAUUACAUGUAAAGGAGGAUUAUUUUUUUUACCCCACCUAAGCAGGUUACCUCACCUACCUGGGGUCCCCUACCUCCAUGUAAACAGGCCCUAAAUCUUUACAAACAUGCUGUGUCUUUUUUUUUUUUUCGCUUAAGCUCACAUUUUAAGCGAGGAAAAUCCGUAUUUUUUAAAGCAUCUUUUCUGCAAAACAAGAGCCAUGAACAUAACUGUCUCUAAUUCUUGCAACCCCUCUCGUGUUUAUGUCAGGCUUUGCAAACACGGAGAACGUUUUCUAUUGCUUAUCCAAACCGCCAAAUCCUUUUUCUCAGCAAAAAAUUUAGUGAUUUCAGUUUAUCGGCGGGAUGAUUUUGCAUUUUUUCUCUGGCAUUGUUUUUUGUUUUGUUUUGUUUUGUUUUUUUUGCUGGUAGAUGUGAAAACGUACACUAAAACGUUGAGGAGAACGUAUAGUGGCGUUUUUUCUGAACCUCGCCUUAUUACCCUUGCACUGAUGUUUAUCUGGAAAAAAAAAAACAUCAGUCUCAUGUUCAAAAAAAUGUCCAAAUAUCAUUGUUUCAGCACCGAGGCCUACAGUAGCUCAACUCGGGAAAAUUACCCCAUGCCCCAUUGCUGGACAAAAGAAAGAAAACAUGCACUUUCACACUAAGAGGUCAGCGUUUGUCGGCGGUAUAUAUACGAAAGCUGCUAGUUAUUAGCGACGAACAAUCACAGGGCGCGUAUUGGUGUCGUAUACAUCACAAGGUAUAAAAAAAUGCGAAGCUCAAUAUAUCUCGUAAGUUAGUUUGGUUAGAAAGUGUUUGAACUGGUCUAAAACACUACUGUGUUCAAAAUGUCAGUUGCCACUUGGUAAUUUACGCCCCUCCUCACUAGGUAUCAGAUCCACGUAUCCAUAUUUCUUACGUCAUUCUUUAUUACAGGUCAUUUCGGGCAUGCGCUACAUUCGCGACUUACAUUUCACAGUGAACGACGUCAAGAAAAUGUGAGUAGAGCUUCAUUAUUUACCCCUUCAUAUGUUUAAGUGUAGUCUCAUGGAGCUGACAAAAAGUCAGAACUGGCCAGACGGACAGGUUGUUUUAAACUAAACGAAAGAAAAUAGACUGUUUCGGAAGUCGUCGGUAAAACUCAUCUGUGCCAUGCAUACUAUUUAGAAAAAGAGAGAUCUGCCUGCAGUGGAUAGGUCAGACUGAUGGGGAAUUCGUUUUACGCCACAGUGCAAGACUGGUCUGGCCUGCCAGACCUGACUUAUUUUAGUCGCCCUUAGACUAAGUGCCAGCAUGGCCUUUGGUGCCGGUUAAAACUAAGUUGUGAGCUGCAUUCUGCGCACUUACAUGCACACCUCAUCACCCUGUCUGGUUUCUGCAAAGUUAGGUACGUCUUAUUAUGUUGUGCGAUUUAUUAUCUCUCCGAUCCUCAGGGCCUAUCCUCGACUUGACGAGGGGAAAUUUACCUCACGGUAUCUCCUCCUUUCGAGGGAGACAUGACCAGGGGCACCCAAUGGAUCUGUUCCUCAAAAUAUCUGUUCUUCAGGCACAUUUUUGCUGGCUGGGAGAUGUGAAAGAAAUAAUAGUCCUUGGAAGGAAAGUGUUGCUGGGAAAAAGGUAAUUCAGGGUGUCAGAGGGGAUUUGAAGUCUAGAAUAGCUGCUACGGGUUACUUGUAUGGGUUACUUACCACUCAAGAUCUGAAUUGUGCCCUAUGAAACUUCCCAGUAAGUCAGGUUGCAGGUUGUAAGGUUGCUGGCUGGGAACUCUUCCAUCAGUCUUGCUGGGAGUGAGGAACAGAUAAUUUUUUUCCAGCAAUCUCCCAAAAUACUUAAAAUAGUCUCAGAAAACUUUAUUCACGCUUUGUUGUUGUUUUUAGGUCUUUUUCUCAAAAUUUCCCUUUGGGUGCCCCUGCAUGACUGACAGUUUUAGACUGUGGGUCCUUAAAAGUACGAUCGAAACUACGCGAAAGACAAUUUUGAGGUGGCAAACUCAAGCUUCUAGAGACUUCGAAACCAGACAAUUCAGGGAGGAUGGAAAUAGGCUAACCAUGUAUCCAAUCGCAUUGAGGAACUGGAUCUUUUGCGGCUUAGUUGAAAUACUUAGUUCCUAGCUUACCUAUCCCCUGACCCCUCUCUAACCUUCGAAAUAUAGUCGACUCCCGAUAAGUUGAACCUUCAAGGAAAAUCGAAAAAAAUUCGAGUUAGCGGAAGAUCGAGUUAUCGGGAGAUCAAAGCAAAUAACUAGAAAUAAGGAAAGGGGAUGAGGGAGGAAUGCAAGUAUCAUGCACACUUCACUUCAAGAGCAGCAAGAUAUAUAUUGCUAUUUUGGAAAAGGAAUUUUAAAAAGAGCUUGAUUAAUCAGCACAUGGAUAAACAUUCUAUUCAAUUGGACUGACAAAAAAGUAAAGACAAGGAAUACAGGGUUGUUUCGAAAUAAAUUCAUUCUUUUGAACUGCAGCUCGCUGCAUUGUUCGAGUUUUCAAGGUUAAAAUUGUAUAGAAAUGAUCUGAAGGGAAACGAAAAUUACUUCGAGUUAGCGGGAGGUUCGUGUUACCGAGGGUAAACUUACAGUAAAUGUAUGAAGGAAAUUCAGGGGAAAUCGAUUUUGGUUCGAGUUUGCGAGGGUUCGAGUUAUCGGGAGUCGACUUUAGUUUUACUUAGCCUAGGUUUACUAGAAUUACACCAUGGACCAAUAUAAAUUUCAGGUUAACAUCAAUAAAUGCUGGAAAGCGCAAACCAGGUUAGUCAUAAUUUAGGUAAAAAAACAGAACCGCUAGCUGGAAGCUAUAGUGUGCUUCUCUUAGAAAGGUCCGACAAAUUUCCCGUCAAGGCCGUAUGCAAAGAGUGCACUUGACGAUCUCCCCUUAUUAAAAGAGGCUCCCGUUUGAAGGUAUCAUGUUUAGAAGCUAUAUUUUACUGCAGCAAUCUACUCGAGUAGUCAAAAUGGUUUUAUUUAAGAACCUGUAGCUGAAAAUUUUCAUGAUCUUUCAUCAAGCCCCCGCCCCACUUUACAAAAAAAUCUCACGUUUUGGCGUUUUAUAUAUAACUCAAGGCAGGGGCACCCAACGACGGUUUCUUCCUAAAUACGUUGACACUUUUAGGCUAGAAUCCAGGGUACUUUUAGAUCUCUAGAAAUGCAUUCUAAGCAGCGCUUUAAAUUUUGUACCUGUUCGGUCAUCCUAGGCGAACUUUUCGAAAUUACUAUACAAGGGUUUCAGAAUUCUUCUCCCGAAAAUUUUAGAUGCAAUUUAACGUUUUAGGAAAAAGAGGAUUUUUCUUAUUCCUUUUCAUAUCAAAGUUUUUAAUCCGAAAAUUUUAGGUUUCCUUUUUGUAACAAAAAUUGGCCUAACAUGGGGAUUAAAAUGUGAAAAAGUAGUAGUGAAUUUAUUAGAUAUGCUGAGAAAAUUCUUCCUGAAUGGAAUGGCCAUCUAGAAUUAGCCGUCCUCAAGCAAUAGAAAAUUCUAGGCAAUAUUUGCUUCCCCAAAUAGAUCUUUACAAACACAGUCGUCGAGUGCCCUGUCAAGGUAGACGGAGAGUGUAACAUUUGUUUAUUCGAUUACACAAUUAAUCUGAUGUUUCGCAGAAAAUGUAAUAUGAUGGGCCCCUUAAACAUGCAUUGCAAUAUGGUACAUUACGAAAGCAAAACUGGUUUAGAAUUGAGAGGACUAUACAAAGCUAUCAGAAUUGUCGUCACUUCUCUCUGUCAACAUCCUCAAUUGAAGUUGCAAAAAGUAUUGAGCAGAAUCAGGUAGCUUUUGCAUUCUCUUGCCUUUUUCAGGUACGAUUCGUCGAAGCGAGUUUAGGCCUUCAGAGAUCUUGCAUUACGUUGAGAAAAUACGCCUUGAAACACUAGUCAAGGGUCGUCAUAGCAACCAGACGUUCAUCGAACUUCACCCUGAUGACAAUUUAGCUGUGCGGCUCGAUAAAAAGUGAGUUUGGGUUAUAUCAUUAGCAAUACACAAGCGUCAUAUAGUCAGAUAUGUAAGUGUCCCCUUGCCCUAAUCCACAGCUAAAAGCACGCAAUUUUGUCUAACAUGAUGUAACAAUGAAAUAAUAACGACAAAUAAUUGUGUCUAAUAUGAAGUGGCGAUGGUGCAACGAACGACUGGCGAUCAGUCAGAUCUUUUCCGGCAUAAAAUUAUACUUAGCUUGUUAACUAUAUACAUAAAUAUAAAAAUGAUUUAUUUAAAUUUUUGUGAAGCUAAAAGAAGAUAAUUAAAAAUUGUCCUUUUCUGUUGUUUCAGAAAAGCUGCUCUCACAGGACUUCCAAUAGAAAUAAUAAGAGGCAGUGAAACACCCGUGGUAUGUAAGGCUCCUUUCAUGGUGUAGAGUUUGUACCACCACGUGGUGAGCUCAGGUGGAAGAGCACCGGUCUGCUGAGUGGGAGAUAGCGGGUCCAAACCCCAGCCUGACCAAUACUCAGGGUCUUUAAAUAACUGAGAAGAAAGUGCUGCCUUUGUAAUGACAUCUGCAAAUGGUCAGACUUUCUAAAAGAACCCACGCCACUGUUCGAAGGGUUACGGACGUACACCCCGGUGGUGUGGCCAACCUUUACGGGUUGUGGGAUUGGGUCGGGACGGCACCUUGCAUGGGACCUGUGAGUCCCGUUCGUGCCUUUUCCCUCUAAGCAGGCCUGUGUUCAGCAAGCUGUCAAAAAAAGAUCAACCCAUUUCGACCAUUCCACACUGAAAGUUAAAAAGAUCUGUUGCACCUCCAAAGUUUCAAUUCAGCACUGCAGGCAAAAGUCUGAUUCAACCCCUUCUGGAGCCAUCUGAGCACAAUUGAGGCCUAAACAGCUCAAUCAAAAGGCUAUUUCAGCCCUUGGGUCCAAAUCAGCCCAAGAUAAUUGGACUGUAUUGGCCCUGAUUUAAGGGAGCCAGAUUAGACUCAUAAAUAGGACUGUGUUUUACUCACCGAAACGACUCCAUUUUUAGGGCUAAAACAGAUCUUUCUGAUUCACAGUGCAGAUAUCUAUGAAGUGUUAAAACAAAAAUGCACAGUAUAGGUUAUCCCCCCCUUCCAACAUGAUUAAACGUCAAAACGCUCUUGCUCCAACGCAGUCUUUUGAUCAGAUUUAGUCUGAGAAAACAGCCCCCAUUUCACGACACCACCAAUGGUUUUCUCGGGAAAUGAUGUCUGAGGAACGACUGCAGAGAGUCUACACUGAUGACGCGUCACUACCCAGAGAUCUGUGUAGUGCUCCUCGUUGGUUAAGGUAAAUUUCCCUCGCGGCUCGACCCGUGUGCUCAGAUCAUGUUCUAAGCAUUCCAUUCACUCCAUUCAUUCUGCGUGCCACGCAUGUGUAAUAGUAGCCAAGAGAUUAGGAUUGCGGGCUUCUCUGGUCGCCGGCAAAUCAUCUUUUCUCUUGAUAUUGGUACCUGAAUACUGGAUUUAAGCUACCUUGCAUACGCGUUAUCAAGACUUUGUAUCUAUUUAUUGGACUGACACCAUAUUCGAUGAAAAAGAAAAAAGUAGGAGUAUGCAACUGCGUUAAAAGGGUACCUUAAUAUCUCUCUAGCUUCUUCGGAUUCGGCAUGGAAAUAAUUUUAACUUCAACUUUAUUUCAGUUUCCUAAAACAAAAAAAGCGAGGCCAAUAUCCAGGCAUUUAGACUGAUGGCCAAGAGAACUUCAUGAGAGAUCAAACAGGCAAACCUUGAAGGGGGAAGAAAGUACCAGCUUGCUCGCCGUAAUCAGCCGGCGAAUAAUAAGUGGGAUUACUGACAAAGUUACAAUAACACCAACCAAGAAAGAGAAAUAUAGCCAGGAAGCUGGGAAUAUUAUUGAGCUAAUAAGUCAAUACAUACCAAAGACUCAGCUGAUUUUUUUGCAUAUUAAUACGUUUUCGUUUUGUAUUUUUGUAGGCUGUGCGAUAUGGCCCGGGCGGUCAUUACCACUGCCAUUAUGACUCUCACACGCUCUACGCUGGUAACUCUUGCUGCGAUCGACUCGCCUUGGAUAAUUGUCGUAUUUGCAGGUUAGCCGUGCACCAUGUUAAGCACUUCAUAUACAUAAUUUUCCAUGUAAAAAAAUCGUUGCUACUCUAAAAUUCGUUUACUUUCUCGAGCUUAUGUAAAACUGGAGUCAAAGUAUUUAAUUGGAGUCUAGGUAUGUCUUACGUCAUGCAUGUCAUGUUAUGUCAUCUAGUUAACAAUACCUGAAUGAGGCUAAGUAUACUGACAUGAAGCAUUAUGCAGGUCAAGGAGGGUGUCUGAUCGGCCGUGGUGGAUAACAGCCUCCGAAAUCUGCAUAAUAGAGACACUUAGAUUCUAUAUAAGACGAGGAAGACUACGAGUACGAGAUUUUCUCCAUACUGAGUAUCGCUCACUCGUGAACCAGCGUCAGCGUCAGCGCCAACUGGUUUUGAGAAUUAGCCACGGAAUUAAUGCGAAUAAGAAAAGGCGAAAUAUUUUCAAUGUUAUGUAGUGUGCAUUUACCUGAAUGAGUACUACAGUACCAGAAAUUAGCUGGUAAUUUGCUGCACAGUCCAGGAAUGACCGAGCCGAAAACGCCUGGGGACUAGGCUGAGUGAUUAUGAAUACAUUGCUUCCUCUAGGCGUCUCGGCAAAGGACUAUUUUGUUAACCACUUAAACGGCUUUCAUAAAUUUAAGUCUUCAGUUGUCAUUGUAGUCAUAGUAUUUCUGGUAUAUGAAAUUAACUCUUAUUUCACUUAUUCACUUAUUCCAAUUUUACUCUUAUUUCGUUAGGUAUAUAACUAUUUUGUACUUUCUCAAUGAUGUCGAAGAAGGUGGCCAAACUGCUUUCCCCGUUGCUGACAAUGAAACGUUUAAUCAUGAGGUUUGUAUAAUUGAUCGUUCAUACAUACAUACAAACAAAAUCUUGAGGUAAAACAGUAAUGCUCUAUGUUCUGCGCUUGUUCUGAUACUGUAUAGACGUGUUGUUUGAGCUCUGCGCUAGGAGUGAAAUUCUAGAACUGAUGACAUAUAAUGACUCGAAAGUCAAAUUCUAUUGUCAUUUAUAUAGAUCAGUCUUCCUUUUCCUUUCUUUCUUUAUGUUUUCCUCUACCCGCCUCGAUUAGCCGAAAAUCAAGCUAUAUGGGAGCAGAGGAUGUUUGUUUGUAUUUAAUUUAAUAUCUAACUCCUACUAAUAUAUGGACGUUAAUAAACUUUAAUUCAAUUCAAUAAACAUAAACUGUCUUUUGUGCGAAUGCUGAAAGCAAACGUCGCCUCAUGGAAGGGAAUCCAAGACAGUCUUGAAUUCUGGAUUCCACGCGGUGGAUUCCGGAUUCCAUGCACUGUAUCCCAGUAUUUGUCGGUGAAACUUGGAUUCUGGAUUCCAAUCGUUAAUGGGAUUUCGAAUUGUUUGAACUGUAUUCCGGAUUCCAAGGACCAGGAUUCCUGGAAUUUCUCAAGCAAAAUUUUCCCGGAUUUCUUAAUUCAGAUUCUCUUACAUAGUACCCCAGAGUAUCCUUUACCGUUAAAGGCUUUCCGUGUUGUUUUAUAACUUCUCUAAUGACAAUGAAAUCAAUUGAUGUACCGUUAUAGGCUUUCCGUGUUGUUUUAUAACUUCUCUAAUGACAAUGAAAUCAAUUGAUUCUCCUCACCGCGACAGAUGGACGAAGGUCACUAGCUGAGACCCAUGAAUCUAAACAAAUCAAACGACACGGCAUUGUUCAAUGAAACGCAAAUUUCAAACCGGACCGAGGCGUUCAAGCAUUAACGUUUAGGGGAAAAUUCUGCAAUAAAAGGGGGUGGUAGGCCUACACGACUUUUACCUCAUGCCAAAAUGCUGCUUAUUCCAAUGAAGUUGUUUUUAUCUGCUGGGUAGAUUAUGCUCUGGAAGGUUCUGCAUUUUACUGAGCAAAUGUGGUUUUAGCCGCAUGUUUCACACUGAGAGGUCAUGACAUAUAUAUCGAUUGACUGUAGUUAUUGUUUUCUGGUCGGCAGGAUUUGCCCUGUGAUGCAAGCGCAUAUUCUUUGACCUCUUUUGAAGCGUAAAGCUUUUUUUAUUACGGCUGAAUAAGGGUUCCUAUUUUCUCCAAAGUGCCUUCUGGAUGAUCUGAUCUAAGCGAUUUUCUUUAGUCCGUGAGUGUAAUGUUUUUCUGCAAUGCUGUAUCACGCUGGGCCCAGCGCCGUGGACUGGGAACAAGAUUUUUUUAAACAUAUGGUUAAGUGAGACCGGACGGACCAGUAAUUAGGACCACCUUGAGAGAUCAUCUAAUUUGUCCGUAAAUUUUCAUGCAGACCGAUGCGUUCGACUUCCGUUGAUGCUUAAAUUGAGCAUAAUGGAAAGCACCUACCUAACUUGCUGAUUAUCUUGAAAUACAUCUUUGCACGAGCACUUUUGCACGGAAAGUCUAAGGGUUCAGCUUUUCACAAGAUAUUCUUUUUAUAUCACAAGUCUAUUUUCAGUCGGCAGUGAAUCGAUUGUAUUAUAUGACACACUUAAGUGUCCUUGUUGAUUGCCAUUGCCUAAGUUGUUCAAAAAGUGGAUAGCGCUUUCCACUCAGUGAUUAAUCUCUAUCAAGUGGAUGACGCCAUUGGCGUUCCUUCUACUUAUCUGAGUAAUCCGGUAGAUAACACUAUCCACCUUUUAAACAACUGGGACCUAAUGGAGGACAAUUAUUUUUGCACCCAGCACCGCUUACACACCUAAUAGAAACUUAAUAGAAAGUAACUGCCCUUCUUUGUCACCACCUGACCUGAAAGAUCACCUCUUCUUAUGGAGAUUUUAAGUACUAUUAUUACUGCCACCCCCCCGCCAGGAGGUUCCUUUUUGCAAUUCGGUUGCGAUCAAAGGAGCACAAAAAGUGAGUGACUAGUGAUUAAGUGAGUAAGGGCGAGAGACUACGGGAGAGGGGAAGAAAAAAGAACAGCUUUCUCCUUCCCGCCGUCCUUUGCGCGCAAGUUCAGACACGUAGCUAUAGAGACGCCUCGAAACGAGUUAUUUAUCAUUAGACAUCAUAUAACUCUAUCUCAUUCGAUGACGUCGAUCUGCGGCAGAAGAAAAUGCUUUUGAAGCUUUCCUUAAAAUUCGAACUACGAAAAGCAUAUAAAAUUGGAUUGAGACACAGACUAGCGUUGAAAAUACAAAUAAACAAAGACGAUAAGACGGAGUAUAGAAAAAAGCCUGUUUGCUUGUCAUACCCUGCUGCUAGAAUAGUGUAAAAAAUUGCAAAAGGUCCAUAUCCGAUGCAAAACCCAGCAGAAACUAGAAGAAAUGUAACAACAAGUUUGCUCUUCUCCGCGUCUCUUUCUCCAGAUGUAGUUUCCGAGCAGAUUGUCUUGCUAAAAUACAGACCGUUUAUCAACGAUCCAUAAAAGUAAACCAUUGCUGUUAUUGGAAUAUACGUUACAAAUACAGCUACUAUGAAAACGUAGUUUGAUUCAUGUGUAAGCUCCAUGGGCCCACGCAUUGGAGAGCGACUGGCUCCAUUCCUGAAAAACGAAGAAUGGCAAACAAAAAAGAGUACUAAUGAUCCAAAUAAAAGCGACAACCUUUUUGAUAUUCUCAUCAUUUAGCUGCCAUCCUGUCCUGAACGGCUUCACUAAAGCGUGGUAUCUUUCUGCUGCUAGUACCGUUAGAGUAAAUGAUGAAACAGCAAUGGAUAUUUCAGUUGAAGGUAUAAUCUUGCAAGAGAUCGUUCCAAAUCCUUCACUUAGAUACCCACUUUGAUGGGAGAAAAAGCAGAGAGGUGCCAUAAAAAUGGUGAUAAUAUCACUUAAGGCCAGGGUUACUAAUAGAUAAUUAGUUUUCGUGUGCAUCGUUCGUUUUUUGUGGACAAUACGGAUAACCAACACGUUUCCGAUGAAUCCCGAGAGAAAAAAUGGAAUCGUGGCGAAGAAGAAUAUCUUUUCUAAUCCAUUGUUUUCUAUCAGAAUUUUCUUUGCAAUGCUUGCAUUAAUUGACAUCUCAAAGUCGUCCGCAACUUUCAAUGUUUUAAUAGUUGCUCAAUACCUACCUUAUAUAUCAGCCAGUUCGUUUUGCCAUAUUUGCAUUAUCAAUAGGACAUUUCUUAUUUAUGGUGAAAACCUAGUACUGUAGAUUGUUCCCGUGUCCUUUGUAUGCAAGCGCAAAUAACAUCAAACGUUUGUUUAAUUUGACGAUGUCUGCUGACGCUUUAAUCACCUGGAGUUUUAAUUGGUCCGUCGUUGACUUUGCCAGCAAUUAUUUUUAGACACUAUAAAAUUUGUUAUCCUUUUGAUCAGAAGGUGCCACGUACGAUAUCAACUUUCUUGGCAACUUUCUUCGCGAAACCAAAAAUUGGAAGGACAAGAGCAAGCCAAUUUAGCUUUCAUAUCUCACUCAUUCAGCCUUAAGGUAAAAGGUGACUGAAUAACGGACUGUUACCACUGAAAGCGCGACAAAAGCUUACAAAACUUUGACUGAGCAUCUGCUUCGCCUAUCUGAUAAUUACCCAGAACGACAGAUGUUGUUUUCCAGGCUGGAAACCAGAAAACGGGGAAAAGCAAAGGGCAAUUAAGAGGAAAUGACUACGACGCUCAUAGUCAAUUAUCUAUUUUCCGUCAGGAAAAGCACGCUACUGGGCUGAACUUGGGAAACGCAGACUACGCCUUCCAAUCCAGCCGUCAUCCAUUUCUGGAGACAAACAUGGCAGCCCUUCAAAGGAUAUUGUUUUUUGUUUAAUACUUUUGCCGAAUGAUGCCAUGACGAUUCACUUUCGAGCUUUCGCUACACCAAUGUCGAAUUUAUACCGUUUCCAAAACAUAGGCGCCUUUUCAUCGCCAAAUAAUCGUUAAGUUUCCGCCAGCUUGGUCAGUAAUGCCACGAAUGCUCGUAUCAAACGUCAUGGCUAAGCUAUCUAACUACUGGUUAGUAGUCAUGUUUCAGCAAAAUUAAGCCUGGUUGGUGUAUGGGUAUACAUAUAGGUAUAGGUAAAUCAUUAAUAUUCACAUACCUUCCUGCAUACUAAUUCGGUAUAGGUUUACUUAUGAGCGUCUCCCUUAUUCAAUAGAAGCAAUAGGCUUGCCUAGGGUAGCCCCGUAAGUAACUUGAACUUUCAGACUGUCUAUUAAAAGGAAUAAGAGAAGCGAUCACCUAGCAACGCGAGAAACGGCUUCCUAUAUCUUAUUUAGCGCUUAAACUCAGAUAUAUAAACAAAACACAUACACAAAGUGGAGUUGAAAAGUCUUUAUUUCAAUUUAGUUUUUGUCUUCUUAUUUAGCUCUAAAACUCGGAUAUAUAUAAACAAAACACAUAUACACAGAGUGGAGCUGAAAACUCUCUAUUUCAAUUUUGUCUGACCUUUUCUCUGUUCUAUCUCGAGGAAAUGAAAAACUAUCAAAGUCUCAGAGUUUCACGCACCGUUAGUCAGUUAAUUAUGCGAGUUUGCAAGCCCAAAGUUGAAUACAAAUUAGCUCUACAGGAAAGACCCAAGGGAGCACCUUGACGUAUUAUUAUAUAAACAGUUUUAAAUAACUUAACAAGGAUCAAUUUAAACACACCACUAAUAAUUGCUAGCCAUGAAACCACAAGAGAGAUACUGUUUUAAAAACUUUAUUUAAAACAAUGACAAAAAGAAUCAAAUACACAGCGAUUUGUAAGGAAUGGAAAUUAAUUAAUCUUCAUCUUCUUCGCCCAUGGAGUACUUGUAAGGUCUGAAUUUCGUAUGCCGACGUUUUCUCAGCUGUUUAGCAUGAGCUUUAGGAUCAUCCAAAUAAUUUACAAAUUGAAUCCGACGCCUUUUGCGCUUCCGGCCUUGUUGUGAUGGGGUUUCUACUGUGGGACGAGGGGUCAGGAAAGCAGGAUCUAAGGGUGGUGCAGGGGUGAGGUUUUCUUUGUCAGGUUUAUGAGAGAUAGCAGCUUGUGUUAAUUCAGGUGUUACAUUAAAGGGGUUGAGGGGCGUGGAGAAUGCUGUCGUUGCAGUCGAAGAAUCUUGUGUCCUUGAUGCUAAGUCUGGAACAGUGCUGAUUAUUUCUUCCGGUCGUGUUCUUGUAUUUAAUUGUUCUUUAAAAGCCAGGUAUCUGUUUUGCAACUGAAAGUAUCGUUUAGCUUUUUCAUCGUCCCGAAGAUCGUUUCGAGAAAGCACGUCAGCCAUGUUUCUUGCAUAGCUGGAAGAAGCGGGACAGGCGAAAGAGUUUGCUGCUUCAGAUAUUUUAGAAGAUCUUGAGGAAUAUUUUCUUGAAACCCUGCUUGGUUAAAGCCUUCUUCACUGGGCAGGACGUUUGUUCGCAACCGACAAUUAUCUUGGGUAGUAGUUUUCAGAUCAAUCAGAAGAUAACCAAAAGGUCUUUUUACAGCCUCUUCGUACUGAUUUAAAAACAAAUCCGCCUGCCCAGGAUACAUUUGCUUCGCCAGAGCCAACAUUUGCCAUUUGUCUCGUGGAUUCUUGAAUAACACCACAUAAUGGCUGUUUAGGCUUAUGCUGCGGCUACCUUUCCCCUAAUGAAAUAGAUUCUGCACGAUAUAAAUCACGCUCAGAUUGCGGUGAUGAGAACCACCAGUAAAGAGGUUCACAAUUCACUUGUCUUUACUGGCGUCAAACACGAUCAAAUUCCGUUUGUUCACAUCAAAAUAGGAAUCCUGCUCCAAAGCCUUAGGAAUUCCCUUGACGAAUUCAGUGUGUGGCAUGGCGACAAACAUUUGUGUAUACGCAGGCUGCCAUUGUGAAUAACACCAAACGAUCCUCUCCGGGGGAGGGUAAAUGGUCUCUGACGCUAGUUGCAAUAGAGAUCGAACCCAGGCCGUUUUUCCGGACCCGGUCAUUUCAUAAAUCAUGGAGGUGAAAGGAUGCUCGAAGCGAAACCGCUGACAUUUCUGUGAAAACACUGGAACUGUUUAAAAUGGGGUGAGACCAGCAUUGCGGUGUUUAGACAUCACGUGCCUUUGCAUAUUAUCUUUUCUACUAAAGGAUUUUUCGCAGACAGAACUGAACCAACUCAUGUCAACUCCUCAGGAGCACAAUGUAGACUGAGAAAUAGUUAGAAUGUUGCGCAUUUAUACAGGUUUUCAGGUCACCACAUUUCUAUUGUUUUCUUUCCACCACCAUCACCACCACCACAUUUGUAUUGUUUUCCCUCCACCACCACCACAUUUCUAUUGUUUUCCCUCCACCUUCACCACAUUUCUAUUGUUUUCCCUCCACCUUCACCACAUUUGUAUUGUCUUCCCUCCACCACCACAUUUCUAUUGUCUUUCCUCCACCACCACAUUUCUAUUGUUUUCUUUCCACCACCACCACCACCACAUUUCUAUUGCUUUCCUUCCACCACCACCACCGCCACCACAUUUCUAUUUUUUUCCCUCCACCACCACCACCACCACCGCCACCACAUUUCUAUUGUUUUCCCUCCACCACCACCACAUUUCCAUUUUCUCUCCACCACCACCACCGCCACCACAUUUCUAUUGUUUUCCUCCACCACAACCACCUCAUUUCCAUUGUUUUGCCUCCACGAGAUUCUAUAAGAGACUACCAACUACCAUUCUGAGUUCAUUUUGUAGCAAUGUCUCGUGUUGUGAACAACAAUCGUGGUUUUCUUCAACUGUUAGCUGAUUGCCCUGCUUAUCAGCGCCAGUUUCUUACAAGAUUUGUCCCACAUGCGAUCACCAGAUUCCCGAGGGGAGAAAUUACAUCACUACCAACCACCACAUUUCUAUUGUUUUCCCUCCACCACCAUCACCACCACCACCACCACCGCCACCACAUUUCUAUUGUUUUCCCUCCACCACCACAACCACCUCAUUUCCAUUGUUUUCCCUCCACGAAAUUUCAUAAGAGACUACCAACUGCCAUUCUUAAUUCAUUUUGUAGCAAUGCCUCGUGUAGUGAACAACAAUCGUGGUUUUCUUCAACUGUUAGCAGAUUUCCCUGCUUAUCAGCACCGCUUUCGUCGGUGUCACUACUGUGCACUAGUUACACACAAAAACGCGAAGACGUUGGAAACCAAUUUCUGUUCCCCUUCUAAACAGGAGAACGAAGAUGGAGAUUAAUUAAUUUCCGUUCCUUACAAAUCGCUGCGUAUUUGACUCUUUUUGUUAUUGUUUUAAAUAAAGUUUUUAAAACGGUACCUGUCUUGUGGUUUAUUGCUAGCAAUUAUUAGUGGUGUGUUUUAAUUGAUCCUUUUAAAGUUAUUUAAAAUUGUCUAUAUAAUAAUACGUCAAGGUGCUCCCUUGGGUCUUUCCUGUAGAGCUAAUUUGUAUUCAACUUUGGGCUUGCGAACUCGCAUAAUUACCUGACUAACGGCGCGUGAAAAGCUGAUACUUUAAUAGUUUUUCACGUCCUCGAGAUAGAACGGAGAAAACGACAGACAAGCUGAGGCAAGCCUGUUAUGCCUAGUGUAGUAGAAAGACCUCAUUAGUAAACCUAUACCGAAUUAGUAUGCGGGAAGGCAUGUGAAUAUAAAUGAUUUACCUAUACCCAUACGUAUACCUAUACCCAUACCGAAUUAGUAUGCAGGAAGGUAUGUAAAUAUUAAUGAUUUACCUAUACCUAUUCGUAUACCUAUACACCAACGAGGCCUAAUUUUGCUGAAGCAUGACUACUCUGGCUACCUUCAACGUCUUUUUUUUAUUAUUUCAUCGUUUAGCAGAUCCAACGAAGAAAAUUCUAAAACCCUUUCGCCCAAACGUGAUUUCGCCUAUUGGUUAUUUUGAGGUCGCGAGUGAGGGAAAUUGGGCAAAAUUGUGGCGAAUUGCACUGUGGGAAUGUUUGGGGACGAAAUUUGCCCCAGUUUCCUCUAUAACCUUGUAAUGGCUAAAAGAGGAGAAAUGAUAGCGUCCCAAAAGAGUCCUAUAGUGCAACUCGGUCCAAUAACGACCCAGUCUAAACCGUCAACUCAAAAUGAUCAGGCGCGUGAGCAACAAGAAAGUGGUUGUUCCAACACUUUUGUAGAGGAGCUCCAAUGAAGGUAGCGUUGGUGGACGACUGGGUUAUUCCAAGCCUAAUCUACCGUGACCAAACCUGGUGCGUGAUUGUCCUUUUUUGGGGUGCUCAUAUAAGACUAUUAACUCGAUGUAAGAUUUGUUUCACUUUUGGACUGUUUGCAAUUUGACCAAUUUAUUUUCUCUCUAAAACCACUUAGCCUUUCCCUCAAAAUUAAAGUUAACUACUUUGAGGAUAAGAAGUUUAUCGUUUGAUAUAAAUCAUAAAUUCAUUAACGGGAGCUUCGCUUUUAGCCCUGGCUAAAUCUAUAUAUUACCUUCAUGUAUGACUCCAGUCCUUCCACCCCUACACGAGUUUUACCAACCUUAGCAAUGCGCUGGGGAUCUUUUGUUUGACAUUUGUUGAACUCUUUACUGAUCAUCAAGCCGAACCUGCAUGUACAUGGCAAGUUGAGCGUGCUGAAAUGACGUACGGUGCUCUUAAACGUUAUACAGUUAACUCUUUAUUAACGGCCAACUCUAUAGGACUAUAAGAAGACGGUCUCGCCCUCUUUGUAGCUUUUUUUUGCCUGCCUCACGGAUCCGAGUAAAUCAUAAUUUGUUGUAAAUUAUUGUAAUUUGCUUACCAUGAAGCACUUAAGCCGGGUUCAUAAAAGAACCUUUAAACAUGUCCAUGCGUUUCAGAUCGAAUUGGAAUUUGGAAGUGGUGGUUUUUGAGGAAAGGGGAAAACCAGAGUGACUGGAGAAAAACCUCUCGGAGCAAGGGAGAGAACCAACAACAAACUGAAACCACAUACGGCGUUUAUUGUGUUUUUCUUUAACAUUAUUCCCACCAGAAGUGAUUGACUUUCACGCUGUUUAUUUAUUUUGCAGAUGUGGACACGGAAAUCCAAUUCUCUCUCAAACCUGAGCGCUUACUGUUUCAGAGCAAACUUAAGGGUAACACCGAAACGCGGAACCGCGAUAAUGUGGUAUAAUCACAAAAUCGACGAAUCAACUGGCUGGAUGUCCAGCCUCGACUCGCUAUCGUACCACGGUGGAUGUGACGUCAUCAAGGGCCAUAAGUGGAUUGUAAAUAACUGGAUAGAUAUUAUUGGAGAUAACUGGGACGACUUAAGGACUUGGAGCGGUAUACAUUACAGAAUAGAUGACAUGGAGCAAGAAUAA